AUGCAACUCGUCAAUAUCAUUAGCCUGGCGCUCUUCGUUACCGGCACCGUUAAGGCAGCACCUCAGCAGCCUACCUCCGAGCUACUCGAUGCCAAUCCCGCGACGGCUUUGCAGUCUGAGCCUACCCAGCAGCCUCUGAAUACUCUGACAGUGGAGGUCAAGCAGCCACUCCCUAAGUCCGUGGUGUCACACCUGGCCGGCAGGCGAGAGCCCGAAGAGGAACUUCAACCGGUCACCGACUUGUCGACUCAGGAACAACCUUCACCAUCGACCCUGCAGCCCAAAGUCAAAACUUUGUCCACUGAACCCAACCUGGUUGGUCGGGCAGAGCCCGAAGAAGCCGCAGACGAAGAAGUCGAAGCGCAGAUAGCGACGAUUACGAUCGCGAUCAAGCCGGUAAUUCCCAUAACGACGGCGCUUUGCCUGACCAAUUGCAAGCGAGAGGCCGCGGAGACGGCGACUGCUACCGAUGCUGUAGAGACAGCUGUUUUGGCCGGUCGGGCGGAUGCGGCGGCUCCGCAGCCUCCUGAGUCUUGUGGUUUCGGACGGCCUGGGCGGGACACUACGGACAGUGGGCUGUCUUCCGAUGCCAAGAACAGUCUCGCCCUGACGAAGUCUGCUCCGUUGGGAUAUACUAGAUGGUUAUUGUUGGAUGGCAGUUACGUGCAGUACUCAACUGUCUGA